AUGAUGCUGAAAUAUUUAGAUUCAGCAAUCUACCAAAAUAGCUAUAUUUAUAGAAAGUUUGAAAGAGGCGAGUAUGGAGACAGCCAUUUACUUGGGGAUAGUGGCUAUCCCUUAAAGCCUCAUCUCUUGACACCUUAUUUCAACCCUACAACAAGUGGAGAACGAAAAUAUAAUGAGGCCCACAUUAGAACAAGAAAUGUGGUGGAACGGCAAUAUGGUGUGCUAAAAUGA